AUGCCCAGGGUGGACUCCAUCAUGCUGGUGGAGGAGGGCUUCAGUGUGACCAGCGUGGACGCCAGUGACAAGAUGCUGAAGUACGCCCUUAAAGAGCGCUGGAACCGGCGGCAGGAGCCAGCCUUCGACAAGUGGGUCAUUGAAGAAGCCAACUGGAUGACGCUAGACAAAGAUGUGCCGCAGCCAGCCGGAGGGGGCUUUGACGCAGUGAUCUGUCUUGGGAACAGUUUCGCUCACUUGCCCGACCUCAAAGGUGACCAGAGCGAGCACCGGCUGGCGCUGAAGAACAUCGCAAGCAUGGUGCGGCCCGGGGGCCUGCUGGUCAUCGACCACCGUAACUACGACCACAUCCUCAGCACCGGCAGUGCGCCCCCGGGGAAGAACAUUUACUAUAAGAGCGACCUGACCAAGGACAUCACGACCUCGGUGCUGACCGUGAACAACAAGCCCCACAUGGUGACGCUGGACUACACGGUGCAGGUGCCUGCCGCCCACCCAGAUGGCUCUCCUGGCUUCAGUAAGUUCCGCCUCUCUUACUACCCACACUGUCUGGAGUCCUUCACGGAGUUGCUGCGGGCAGCCUUUGGGGACAAGUGCCAGCACAGCGUCCUGGGUGACUUCAAGCCUUACAAGCCGGGCCAAGCUUACGUCCCCUGUUAUUUCAUCCACGUGCUCAAGAGGACAGCCUGAGCUCCGCAGACGCCUGCAGGGGCUGCGAGGCUCUGGGAGGUGUGUGUGGGGGAGG